AUGGACCCCUCGACUUUCGUGGAGCAUCGCUGCUUCCUGCUUUGCGAAACUUUCGAACUCAUCCUCGACUGGCUCCCGCUGUCCCAGAGGGAGCGCACUCUCGCGUCGCUUGCGGCGACGUGCAAAGCGCUGAACCAGGCAUCCACACCCGCACUGUGGCACUCUCUCGACAGCCUCAGACCGCUCUUGAAGCUGCUUCCGUCCAAUUCAUGGAACAAAAGACUAGUUGAUUGCGUCGAGCCUGUCGACUGGACGCGGUUCAAAUACUACGCCCGCUAUGUGCGGCGUCUCAACUGGGACCACCCAUCGGACAUGUAUGCCUACCCCCUGCAUGAGCUGCUUGAUCAUCAUCUCCCUGCCAACCCGCUCCUGCCGCAACUCCGCACCCUCGUUUUCCACGACAGCUAUCCCUACUUCACCUUGGUCCGUUUCUUCCUUACACCAACUCUCGAGCGCCUCAAGAUUAAAGCGCACGCUAUCUAUGAGCCUGACGUCGUAUCGCUCAUGAACGAAGUGGUUGCCAACCACAAGAACCUCCGAUACCUUUCCCUUGAUUUGCGCCGCGAUGACGGUAGUGUUUUGAGGGGGGGCUUCGUCUUCAGCAGGCGCCUGGCAGCCCCCACGGACGCAGAGGCUAGCGCCCUUAUGUCGCUCUUCCGCGCGUUGCCGGAUCUCCAGGUGUACCACGGCCUUCUCAACAUGUCCGCCGCUCGCACAGAAGCACUCGCCGCGCUCCCCAGGCUCGCGACGGUACACAUUGACAUCACACGGGCCGAGGUCAAAACGGUGGCCGCGGCCGCUCGCCUCCGAGUCCGCGACCCGUAUGCUGGUCUGUGGUUCGCCUCGCUCACGUCGCUGUCCCUCUCCCUUGACCGGCUGGACGUGGACACGGAGACUUUCCUCGGCGCCAUACAGAGCCCCGGCCUGCAGAAGCUGAUGAUCGACUUCGAGGAGCAGCCUGCCGCCGCCGAGCUUCGCAACAGGCUCGCCGUUACCGCGCGGGCGCGGGGGGUACUGCGAUGGCUAUCUGCAUUGCGGAUCUCGGCUGGAUGGGGAGGGGAGGAUGUACGGCCAGGAGAAUAA